AUGCAAAUGGGAGAUGAGAAUCCACGGAUCAUGUACGGUGUGAUCAUCACCGUCUACGUUGAUCGUCAAACGACGACGCCCGUCCGAUCGUUUCGAGCUAGACGGAGAAAUGAAUGUACGUGGAAUCGUGAGACUGGAAGGGCGAGGGGGUAUGAUCGUAGAGCGAAUCUGCUAGCGUAUAUUCGAGGGAUGAGAGCUGAAAGUCUAGCCGGAGAUUUGAAAGGUGACGACGACGUCGUAGAGAGUAACAGCAAACCCGAGCGGAAGAAGAAGAAACGAAGGUGGCUAAAAAAAAUGAUGAGUAAGAUCCGGUUACCGUUUCUCCGGCCGUUUCGUCGAAAAAAUAGGACGUGGAAGUACCGACAAUUUGCACCAGAUGAAGAAGAAGAAGGAGAAGCAAAGGCUAAACCUUACCGUUCAGAUCUUUGGAAAAAGCUUAAACAUGUAGUCGGAGGAUUAUCACGCGGCUGCAUACGAAGUAGAAGAAACGCAUGAAGGUAAAACAAGAAUCAGGAACAGAUACUUUUGUCCGUAGUUGACAGUGAGGAGUGAGUAGUGCUGUAGUGACUACAUCUUUUGAUUCCACACAACUUUUUUUUUUUAUUUUUCGUUCGGAAC